CAGUAAGCUGCUGGGCGAUACCAUUCACAGAAUGGGGGGAUAGCACAUGGAAUAUUACCCCCUUUGGGUGUCGGAAUGGUGAGCAGUACUUCAGAUUUAAUUACUACCUUUAUAAUAAUUAUAGAUAAUUGGUGCACUGAUGAUCACUGUGGGUCUGGCGGGUUAUGUGGCAGGCACAAUAAUAUUUUAGCACCCAUGUUUCCUCUUUCUUAAAAAUGGACUCGUCCAUUGCGUGCCUCACCAUAUUAGGGAAAAUGGAAUGUUCAAAGAGCAAACCAAGUCAAUCUCUUCUCGGGGGGAACCAACAACUAACCCUGAUGUCUUGGGUACUUUCUCUACUUCACAAUGAAUUCACUGUGACUAAAAUUGAAUAGUUAUAUUCAUUCAAGCAUGUAUUUAUUACAGUGUUGCUAAACACUAUUUUUGCUCAUGUAGAGGAAACCCCCCUUCUCGGAGUGUACCAUGUUCAUUGUCAGCUCGGGCAGGCGGCUGUGUGGGUGGUGUGGAUGAAACCACCUGCAGGGGGAACGGGGGUGUUUAUACAAUCUGUGAAUAGACUAAUUGAUCACACGGUUUAUGGUGAUUAUUUGGUGCCUGAUAUGAAUUAUUCACGGUGACAGUGGGUAGCGGAUAUGCUGGCGGGUGUGGUGACUGAAACCGUGUAAACACCCCCAUGCCGUGUAAUGGUACGCGCCGAGUGCUCGGUUUUGCGGGGCGAUAACGGCGGCCGGGCCUCGGCAGCGAUUUCCUGCCAUCUGCUGGCGGCUGCGAGAGGGGCUCACACCGGGGGAGCGCACGGGAGGGUACAGGGCCAGCACGGGGUGCGUAGGACUGUGUGUGGGAGGAGGAAUGGGGGUACGGGGGAUGCUGGGAUCAAUGGGGGUACAGGGGAUGCUGGGAUCAAUGGGAGGCAGGGGAUGCUGGGAUCAAUGGGAGGCAGGGGGAUGCUGGGAUCAAUGGGGGCAGGGGAUGCUGGGAUCAAUGGGGGUACAGGGGAUGCUGGGAUCAAUGGGGGGCAGGGGAUGCUGGGAUCAAUGGGGGGCAGGGGAUGCUGGGAUCAGUGGGGGUACAGGGGAUGCUGGGAUCAGUGGGGGUACAGGGGAUGCUGGGAUCAAUGGGGGGCAGGGGAUACUGGGAUCAGUGGGGGUACAGGGGAUGCUGGGAUCAAUGGGAGGCAGGGGAUGCUGGGAUCAAUGGGGGUACGGGGGAUGCUGGGAUCAAAGGGAGGCAGGGGAUACUGGGAUCAAUGGGGGUACAGGGGAUGCUGCGGCUGCCUGGGUUCAGAGUGUGCAGCCAAGCAGGGGAGCUUCCCAGCAAUGUGGGUAUAAGUAGUAGGGGGGAGACUGCUGGAGAUGGGGGCAGCAUGCUUUAAGGGAAAGCAGAGAAUGCACGGGUACUGCAACACUACAUUGACUGCCAUUGUAUGGGUACAGCACCCCUAAUACCACUGUAGGUUGGGAAUGUGUGGGUACAACAAUUGGGGGUAGGCAGUGAAUGCGUGGCUAUGACUCCUAGUUAGGCAGAGGAUAGUUGUCUGCAUCCCCCCGUGAUAGGCAACGAAGCUGUGGCUACUACAUUCCUUCUGCCCUGGCAAAGGCAAUGAAUGCAUAGCUUCUACAUCUCCCUGUGAUAAGCAACAAAUGCGUGGCUACUACAUCCCUCCCACCCCGGGAUAGGAAAUGAAUGCAUGGCUUCUACAUUCCUCCCACCCCGGGAUAGGCAAGAAAUGCGUGGCUACUACAUCCCUCCCACCCCGGGAUAGGCAACGAAUGUGUGGCUUCUACAUGCCUCCAACCCCGGCAUAGGCAACGAAUGUGUGGCUUCUACAUGCCUCCCACCCCGGCAUAGGCAACGAAUGUGUGGCUUCUACAUGCCUCCCACCCCGGCAUAGGCAACGAAUGUGUGGCUCCUACAUCCCUCCCACAACGGGAUAGGCAACGAAUGUGUGCCUUCUACAUGCCUCCUACCUAGGCAUAGGCAACUAAUGUGUGGCUUCUACAACCCUCCCCCCCGGGAUAGGCAACCAAUGCAUGCCUUCUGCAUUUCUCCCACCCCGGGAUAGGUAACAAAUGCGUGGUUACUGCAUCCCUCUCCCCAGGAUAGGCAGGAAAUGCGUGGUACUACACCCUUCUCCUCGGGAUAGGAUGUAAAUGGCCGGGUGUAGCAACUCCUUAAAACAGCAAGUGUAUGGGUACAGCACCUCAGGCUAGGCUGGGGUGCCACUCUGGUGGCUUUGACUUAAGAAAGUGGAGGCUGUAGUCUUGUGUGUAUUGAAUUCUGACUGGAUGCAGUGGAUAGGUGGGAUGCACUAGAUAUGAUUUGCAGUGUGCGGUUUCUAUAGCAUUUUGACGCAUGGACCAUUGAUAUAUAGCAUGGAGGGUAUAAGUGCAGGUGCUCCAUGCUUUGGAGUUGAUAAGUCUGCUAUUUUGUCUUUGGGUUUAUGUAAGGAAAAUAAAUCAAAGAAGUUCAUAAUCCAAAUUUUAAGUGAAACCAUUUAUUCAGCCAACAACACCUAUUAAACAGUGGAUCUGCAAUAUUUUUUACUUUGCUGCCAAAAAGGUUGGCUGAAUAAAUGGGUCCCAUGAAGAUUUGGAGUGCAGAAUCCCUUUGAUUUAUAUAUUCUACUCGGAGCGUCUACGGCCAGAGCCAAGUGUCUCUAGCAAGAUGUCUGUAAACAUAUGUAUGGGAGUAGAAAGGGUGAUUUUUAAAUGGAAUAAUUAAUUUAAUUUGUGUCAAUAAAGUUUAUGUUCCUUUUUCUGCAGUCUGUCCAUUACCACAAUGAGUGAGUUAAAGGACUGUCCGCUGCAGUUUCACGAGUUUAAGUCUGUAGACCAUGUGAAGCUGUGCCCUCGGUAUACCGCUGUCCUGUCCCGCUCAGAGGAUGAUGGUAUCGGCAUUGAGGAGCUUGAUACACUUCAGCUGGAACUAGAAACUCUCCUCUCCUCAGCAAGCCGGAGGCUCAGAGUACUGGAAGCAGAGACACAGGUCAGGUGCAAACUGAUGGAAGGGGAAAUAAACAACAUUUUUAUUUUAAAGUCAUAUCCCAUUCAUCAGAGACCAUAUAAAAGGGGACCAUCACCUCCCACGAUUUUUAAAUAUAUUUACAUGUGUUUGUGAAAUGUGAAAAAAAAUAAAAGUUAACCCUUAAGGACCAUCUUUUUUGUGAUGUGAUGCGUUUGUGACAAAGGCCUUUUUGGCACUUUUGCCAUGUGUUCGUUCUACCAUAAUUUCACCCAUACAUAUUGUAUAAAAAUUUUAAAGGAGAAACAGGGCUUUCUUUUGAUAAAACCCUUCAUCAGGGUUGACAAAUUUGCUUUGAAUCUAGGAGCCAGCUAAAAUAGUUAGCCAGUUUUUUUUGGUUUUUUUUUAAACUAACAAAGCUUUAUUUUCAAUGUCAAAAAUUUAAAUCUGAAAGGAACACUAUAGUCACCAGAACCACUACAGCUUAUUGUAGUGGUUCUGGUGUCUAUAGCCUGUCCCUGCAGGCUUUUUAAUGUAAACCGAGAAAAGGCAGUGUUUACAUUGCUGCCUAGUAACACCUCUAGUGGCAAUCACUCAGACAGCCACUAGAGUUGCUUCCUUGUCCAGUGCUGUACAGUGUUCUGCAUGGCGUGGCAUUUUACAGUACAUGCAAAAUAGCCUCCCAAUGAUUUUCUGUGGGAAAGCAUUGGAUUGGCUGAAAUCAUCAAGAUUGAUUAUCUCAGGGCAGGACCGGCACAAUGUGUAGAAAAGGGUGAGUAAAAUUACAUUUUCCAUGCGAUUGGAGUGGGGCUGGUCACCUACACACAUGCACCCACUGUCUUAGUUACAUAGUUAAAAAGAGACUUGCGUCCAUCAAGUUCAGCCUACCUUAGCCUACAACACCUGGUAUUCCCAGGCGGUCUCCCAUCCAAGUACUAACCAGGCCCGACCCUGCUUAGCUUCCGAGAUCAGACGAGAUCGGGCGUGUUCAGGGUGGUAUGGCCAUAGUCUUAGAUACUCAAAAAUUAUUUGUUUUAAUUAAAUUUAUGUCCACAUAGCCACCCUACCUUUAGGAGAGCUGGAGUGGAUCCUUUCCCUGGGGUCCAGUAAUCUUCAUGCUCUUUUUGCUCUGUUCCCUCGCACACUGUUUAGUGAUGCCAGGGCCAGAAUGACUUCAUAUACUGGCAUAACUGCUGGGUACGCAAGAGAGCCAUGCAGCAAGAUGACAGCUUCCUCGUUGCAUUCAUUCCAUACAGCCAACUGUCCCACUACUGCAAACACCCCAUACUGUAUUCUGCUACUGGCGGGGGGACAACACACUUUUAGCACUCCAAGCACCUACAGGAUUUUAGCUUCCUGAAGUGCUUUAUGUGUUCGGCAUGUCGUAGCAAUUUAAUUUAUAGCAUAGAACAAAUAGAACUGCUGCUAAACUGAUGGCAGCUCAGUAGGUUCAAUUCUCUUGCAGGAAUCUGCCUACAUCCCAAUAUUUUAAAUGGACAAAGAGGGACACUUUAAUUUUAGGGGUGUAACUAAGGGUCGUUACAUAGCUGAAAAGAGACGGCAUCCAUCAAGUUCAGCCUUCCCCACAUUAGUUUUUUGCUGUUGCUACAAAAGAAGGCAAAAAAACCAGUUUGAAGCAUUUGUAGCAAACUAGGAAAAAAUUCGUUCUUGACCCCAGAGUGGCAGUCAGAUCAAUCCUUGGAUCAAGCUGCUAUUACCCUAAGACUUUUUAGCUGACUUACUCUUAAAAAGUCCAAACUACUAAAAUAUAAUUUAGAAAAACAAUACAUCUGAUUUACACAGGCUGAUUUCUAAAUGCAUUUUGUGUAGUGUAACGACACAUUGCUGUGAGUACUAUUGCUGUGGAGUUCUUCCAUACACUCUCACACACCAACAAUAUUUAAAAAAAAGGCACAUUUCUAUAGCAAAGAGAGGUGGAUUUGGACCCCAAUAUAGAGACUGUCUCUCCAAACUAAGGACCCCUGGUGAGGCAUGCAUCACAGUUUUGGUGAAUUUAUGUGCACCCCAUAGAAAUAUUUCAAAAUUAAGAAGUGUACCUUCAUAAGCAUUGGCUAGCAAGUUAGAGGAGAUUUGUUAUGGAGUCCCUGCGACGCUUAAAGGUACAGCAGAUGGAUUUACUCAGACCUGCAUGCUGUGGCUUGACUUUAUUUCCAUUAGAGACCUUGCCUUAGAUGCUGACAAAUAGCCCAGUGUGGUUAGGAUACUUUGCAGCUAUAUGUCCUAGAAUACUUAGACUUGGCAUAGGGAGUGGGAGGAAACAGCCAUAAGUAUUGAUGAGGCUUGGGAGGGAAAAGCUUACAGCAACAUGAGUGCCUCCCCCCACUCUGCCUUUUUUUUCCCUUUCACUUCUGUAACCCAUUCCCUUCAUCACCCCACACUUUGGAGAAUUAAUACUCACUCGUGACAUACUUGACGAUAAAAGAAAAAUAAAUGUCACUGAAUAUAUUUUGUUACAGUGAGAUUGUCUAUGUAAUUCUCUAACAAUAUCACAACUACAAUUUGAGUGAAACAGUUUCUGUCCUUUCAUAUUUGUUAUAAACUUUAAAAUAAAGAUUAUAAGAAAAAAACAACUGUGCAGGGGCACCAUGGACUGCUAAAGGAGCAUAAGUGGUUCUUCGAGUGCCCUGUUAACCUACUUUAACAGUCAGUACAAUGGACACUUAAAGAGGGGGGAAAGAAUUUGGGGUAACGUUUUGGUUGUGCUGGAAUUUCAGCAACUGUACAUUGUAAAAUAUUUACACGCACAAAUGUAGUGAAAAUACACCUAGUUCAAAAUGACAAGAAAGGCUUGCAUCUAGGUACAUUCCGUUUCCAGCAGCUUUAUCUUUAUCUCUCUUGCAGUCUUUCCCUUGAUGAGCUCUUUUUAUUUUUUUCCUCAGAUACUUACUGACUGGCAAGAUAAAAAAGGAGAUCGCAGGUUCAUGAAACUGGGGAAAGAAAUUGAGCCGGGCACACCUGUUAAACACAGCAAACCCAAGAAGCAGAAACUGGAUGGUAAAGGAAGUCAUGCCUCCAAUACUGGUCCAGGAAGGCCAAAAUCCAGAACUAUGCAGUCCAAAAUCCAGGAUUAUGAAAUGUCAGAUGACCCAGUAGAUGUGCCCAGAAUGCCUAAAAAUGACGCCCCAAACAGGUAAAGUGAUGUCAUUUAGCAUAAAGAUAAAUGAUAAAGAGAUAUAUGUAUUUACUGAUUGUAAAACCGUUUUGUCACAAUCUUAUUUAAAAAAAAAACAAACAAAAAAAACACACACACUUUCUGCAUAUAUCCUCUGUGGAUUAUGAAAUCACUGUUUUGUAGUGUUUGUGUACUGUGCUGACUUGUGACUUUGAUACUGUUUUGGUGGAAGACACUUCUGGGACCCAAUCUCUAGCUUAGUGAGAGCCAUCCAUUUACUUGCAUGGUGUGGACACGCACUACUUACUCAAACUGUUAAAGGCAACAUAUAUUUCAGUGAUGAUAAAGAACAUGUGUGAGCUUUAAAAAGUGUUUUUCUAGCUGCUGAAAUCUUGAAAGUUCUGUUUAAUAUUCCAUGAUUAGGGGUAAUCUCCUGGACUGUAGUGCAGCAUUUUCUCUGUGAAUGUUGUUAAAUGUUCCUUGGAUAGAGUGUAAUAUAUAAUAUAUCUUUUAAAAGUACAGGGAUCUGACCAAUAUAUAAACUGUAGGCUGAGGGUAGGAUAUUCUGUGCAUCAUGCCACAUGAGAUGUUUCCUUAGUGGAAUGGAAACUCUUUACAUCUUUUUUUGCUUUUGUUGAUACUACUAUAUAUAUAUUACAAUUGUAGCAGAGCGGCAAUAUUAAAUCCCACGAUCUCCGCUGGUUCAGAAGGUAAUCCACAGUCAAGCGCUGAAAAGUAAGGCAAUAUCCCAAAUCUCCCAGUAACCGGACGAAACACAGUUCUGAGAGUCAACUGAGGCUUUAUUCACAGGCUCCACAAUUUAUACAAUUCCCCAUGCAAGGGGUUUCCUGAGUCCUGUCCCAGGGGUAUUACAGGAGUGGACUACGUGGGAAACUUAAAGUACAGAGCAUUUCUCCCAUCAGGCACUGCUGCACGAGAGGGAUCCUCCCACUGGAAUGUACAGUUAAGUGGAUUAUCCCUCCGUGCAGCAGAACCGGCAAUUUAUAUUAAAACGCAUAACUUUUCGAAUAUUAAGUUGAUUUGCACGAAUGGACGUUCGGUAGAUAGCUGGGGUCUGAGCGCAUCAUUCGUGAGAUUACCGCUCAGAUCCCAGCUAAAACAACCGAACGCCGCACGAAAAACAUAUUCACCAAAACAUGCAUUCAAAAGACCGAUUGGCAUAUGGGGAAUAAAAUACCGAACGGCCUGGAAGUCCAGCGGUGUUCGCGCCGUCGAGUAGCCGUUUUUAGUACCACGCGCUCGACGACCAAACACUGCUGGAGGAACAAAGGAUCCAAGAUGGCCGACCGCUGCGUGGUCGGUAGUCGAACGACGGCCACCUAGGAGAGCCUCUAAUUACCGAUUGCAACAUUGUUGCAAUCGGUUAACAAGCGCCACACGUCUCUUAAUGUGUGGGCUGUUACAGGUUGGUUUAUUCAGUUCACGAACGGCCCGCAAAGGUGCCGUUCGUGAAACGAAAUGAAAUACAGCUAUCUGCUUUCGGCAGAUAGCCAAUGCAGGCAAUACAAUAUUAUACAAUCUCAGUACAUUACACCCGGGAACAUACACAUCACCAAAACCAUACAGGCAACCCUUAAAGCCAUAGUCUCUGUAUAUUGUCCAAGUGGCUAGGUUUGCCACAACAAUGUUAAACAAAAAUCUGCACACCAGUCCAGUGAAGCCAUAUGACUUGCUUUUCCCACAGAAAUCACACAUCUGCAGUGAUGUUACUACUGCAAAUGAUUCUGAAAAGAUGCAAAGCCACCAUAACCUGUUUGGAUUUUGCUUCCCAAGCCUCAAUAGCAAACCAGUAACCAACCUCAUGCUGAUGAUAUGCAUUAACAAUGAAACAGCAGUCCAUGAGUGGUUCACUGGCUUUGCAUCUUUUCCAAAGUUGUGUUUCAAAGCUGUUGUAUACAGCAAACACAGACUCAAAGGAAUCCAUGUUUAAAAUGGAAUGCGGCAAAAAUCUGGCUCUUUGUUAAACUAAUUUGCAUAUGCCCACCCUGAAUCCUUUGCAGUAGUAACAUCACUGCAGAUGUGUGAUUUCUGUGGGAAAAGCAAGUCUUAUGGCUUAACUGGUGUUCAGAUUUUUGUUUAACAUUGUAUUAACAAUCCACAGACUUCAGGUGGAAGGGGUAUUCAGUCACAAUCCUCCCCCCCCCAACAUAUAUAUAUAUAUCAAUGUUAAACACAAAUACAAACACCAGGCAAGCCAUAAGACUUGCUUUGACCACAGAAAUCUCACUGUAACAGUGCUCUCACUACGGCAUGGGAUUCUGGGUAGGCGUAUGCAAAUGUGCUCAACAAAGAACCACUUUUUUGCCUCAUAAUUCCACUUUAUACAUGGAUUCCUUGGAGUAUGUGUCUGCUGUAUACAACAGCUUUGAAACACAACUCAGGAAGAGGAGCAAUGCCAGUGAACAACUCAUGGACAGCUGUUUCAUUGUUAUUUCAACUCAUCAGCAUUAAAUAGGUUACUGGCUUGCCUGGUGUGUGUAUUUGUGUUUAACAUUGCAUUAACUAUCCACUUAUUUCAGGUGAAAGGGGUUUUCAUCCACACUUUUGUGUGUGUGUGUGUGUGUGUGUGUGUGUGUGUAUAUUUAUUUAUUUAUUUCAAAUAUUAUAUGAAAGCACUGCUAUUGUUUAAUUUGAUUCAAGGAGUCCAUUUUAUUUAAAUUAUACACUCACAUAAUGACAAAUCUUGAAAAAGCAAAAAGCUGUAUAUAAAAAAAAUAUAUAAUUUUGCAACACUUUCUUUAAGAAGUGCGAUGUCCUAAACUUGUAUUUAUUUGUGUCUGAAUAAUUUGGCUUUAAAGUGCCAUGUUACUUGACAAGUAUGUUUUAGUUUGAUUACGUAGGUCAGCUUCUAUGCUGAGUGGGAACUAACCAUUUGGAUGUUCCUUGAAAGUUUGAUGUCGUUGUGUUCACCACUAACGUGUUGGUAAUGAAUUCCAGGUUUUGGGCCUCUGUUGAACCUUAUUGUGCUGAUAUUACAACAGAUGAAAUCAAAGUUUUGGAAGAUCUCUUGAAAACACCAGAGGAUGAGACAGACUAUUACAAGGUAUGUUUUAAAAAACUGUGCAACAUAACAGAUUUUAUAUUACUUUUAUCUGUAAACUUUUUGUUUCUAUAUUGUUGAGUGAAGUCCCAAUAUUCUCCAAGAGACUUCCUAUUCCCCUUUACUACUAUUUUCCCUUCCCCAUUACUCAUUUGAUUAUGCUUGCUUUAUAUGCCUGUCAAUUAUAUAUUAUAUUUGCGACUGGAAAGUUCAGCACCUCCAUCCAGAGCGUGGAGACACUGAAUGUAGGUGCUGCAUGUUGGGCAGCACUGACCCAGGAAGCACCUCUAGUGGCCAUCUGAGUGUCCCUAGGGAGCAAUGUAAAAGCUGCCUCUUCUCAGAAAAGGCAGUGUUUACAUGAAAAUGCCUGCAGGGACAGACUGUAGACACCAGAACAACUACAAUAAACUGUAGUUGUUAUAACUAUAGUGGCCCUUUAACAAAACCUGGUUCAAAACACUCAGACUUCAGACUGGCCUAAAGGUUCACUUUCCAGCAGGACAAUGGCCCUAAGUCAACAGCAACUCUGAGUGUCCUUGAGUGGCCCAGUCAGAGUUUAAACUUGAACCCAAUCGAACAUCUCUGGAGAGACCUGAAGACCUGUCCACUGACUGUGCCCAACCAACGUGACAGCGUUUGAACAGAUCUGCGGAGAUGAAUGACAAGAACUACCCAAAUCCAGGUGUGCAAAGCUUAUCACACCCAAAAAGACUUGAGGCUGUAAUUGCUACCAAAGGUUCUUCAAUUAAGUGAUAUUUCCGUUUUUUCUGUUUAUUAUAUUUGCAAUGGUGUCACAAAUCAGGUUUUUGUUUUCUUUAUGGUGAAUGGAGUAUAGAUUGAUGUGAAAAAAAUAGAAAUGCAAACAAUUGUAGCAAAAGGUUACAACACUUUAAAAAGUAAUAAACGGUGAAGGAGUCUGAAAACUUUCUGAAUGCACUGUAUCUAUUAACCUGUUUUGUCUUCUUGAGACUGAAAAUAUUUAAUAAAUCUUAAUUUAUGAAAACUGUUUCCUGCUAUACAGGAAAGCAAUAUGUAAAGGAAAUUAACUACGUGUGGAUCUUAUACAUUGGGCCCCUAAUGGUUGUAAUAGCCCCAUCCUAUUAAUCUUACCCAGCAAUAGACUGGUUACUGUAGCAACAUUGCCUUAUUUAGUGUUGUGGACCCUUUUGAUACUGUUGUGUUUAAUAAAGGUAUUUUGCAGAAAUCAUUCAUACAACAGAUGAAGAAUGGGUCGCCAAUCUCAUGCCAUGUACUAAUUAAGAUCCCUGUCAAAAUCCAGUCCUAUUCAGGUGUUUUAGUAGAUAAUAAAGGUGCAGAUUUCUUAACUGUCCUAAUAUUUAUUUUAUGUGAAAACUGUUUUGAACUUGUAUCAAGUGUUUAGACUUUGUAUUGUGUCUGUGCUGUUUAUUACAGAUAAAGGUAGGUGUCUAAUUAUAUGUUGUGAUCUUCUGUUUUAGAUUCCUCCCCUUGGGAAACACUAUUCACAUCGAUGGGCACAAGAGGAUCUGCAAGAAGAACAGAAAGAUGGAGCCCGAGCCGCUCUGGCUGGAGACAAAAAGAAAGGUGUUCUGGGACCACUGACUGAACUGGACUCCAAAGGUAGUAGUACAUUAACAUUCCUGGAGGGUCCUACACACCUAUAA